ACAUCAAGUCACAUGACUAAAAGAAUAAAAUGUGGUAAAGCGUACUCACAAUAUUGUAAUUUGAGCACGAACAUGGAUCGAUUUAAUCUUAACAGUCAACUGGAACAUUUGCAAUCAAAAUAUGUCGGAACAGGCCAUGCAGACACGAAUAAAUUUGAAUGGUUGGUGAACCAACAUAGAGACAGUUACGCUUCUUACAUUGGACACCACGCACUGAUAUCUUACUUUGCAGUUGCACAGAAUGAGUCUGUUGCAAGAGUCAAGUUUGAAUUUGUUGAGAAAAUGCUCCAGCCUUGUGGAGUUCCUGUUCCAAGAGAUGAAUGA